UUCAGCUGUGUCUGCUGCAGUAUGCCCUACCCUUCUUAGUAUAAUGCAGAAAGGCAACAUGUCGAAGUCAACUGUUCAGCAGGUGGCCUAAGUCAGACAGGGGCCUAGAUCUUGAUGAUGGGCACUAGGUAUGGUUUCAUUUUGGAGCAGGCGAUCUCAGACCCUCCAUAUAACCAGGGUUUACCGGUCUGCUUUGGUGUACAGAUUUCUAAUAGGAGAUCAUCGCAGACUAAAAACCACACAAAAUGCAAUUCAAACAAAACGGCAGUGUCUAAGUCCCCGAAGCCCGCUACAGGAGAAUCGAGACAAAGAACAACCAUGCAACCGGCGAAGACCGUAACCGGCGAGCAUGCCACAUCGCCGUCCAUGGCGGCAAUGACAUCCAUAGGCUGGAUUCAAGUUUCAACCUCCGAAUUAAUAGAAGAAAUAAGAUCGUAUGAAAGGAAGAAAAGCACUGCAUAUAUCGGCGUCAGCGGAUUUACGCAGUUCCAUUAGGGAGAGUAGACAACUCCAGCACAACCUAGACCGGAUUGUCCAAUGUGCCAAAGUUCAGAGCGCGAUAGAGAUGAGAGGAAACAGGAGAAAAGGCGGCGAAAAGAGGGAGAAGAAAAAAGAAAUAAAUGAGGGCCAGAGAAAAAAAAAACGCAUUAUCCCGAAGCUGACA